AGGUGAGCUUGUAAUGCGGCCUUUUCAAAAGUUGAUAUACCUCUUUUGUUGGUGGUAAACACUUGUGCGCCUUAAUCUUAUAAUAGAGCUGCCUUGAUCAUGUUUGUUACCGUCCUGUAAAAUGUGCUUUGAUAGAGACAGUGGACCUGAUAAGAGGAGAGGGCAAUUUGCACGUGGCCCGUGGUCUUUUAAUGAAUAACUAAAGUACUGCCACAUAACUUUAAUGUUAAGAGUGACGGCCAAUUUAUCUCGUUUUGUUUAUCACACACAGGAAAAGGUAAUGCCUCAAUAAAAAAAAAAAAAGAUAUAUCAAAGGGGGACUAAAGUAGUCAUCCGAUUCAUUUUAGGCAUAGGAAUUUGCCAGCUUCUUAAAAAGUAAAUCCGCAAUGAAUACCUUAUUAACAGCCUGUGAAGACAUCUAGGCCUAUGUCAACUUUGCCAAGAUUGUCGUGAUGCAAUCGAGCAGUCAUUGCAGCGAAUCAUGACAGCAUUUAUCACGAAACAUUUUAAAAGCGAUAUUAUAAAUUCAUUUUUGUCGAAAAGGAAAUAAUAGGCUUACGUGUAUUCUUUUGAUUUAACAUUAAAUGUCAAUUUCGGUUUCAUGACUGAUGAAUGACUGAUGAUAGAUUGAGGCAUCAAGGACUAUCAAUGACUUGAGAAAACACCUGGAUUUCACACCUUAAAUCCACUCCUCCUGGGCUCCCAUUGGUGGAAGGAGUGCAUAUAGCCGGUCACCAUCAAUACUGGAGUAGGAGAGCAACGUCAAAAGGUUAAAAAGAUAGUAACCAUGUACUUUGAUCCGAUCUCCACACAUUUCGAACUGUGCCCAACGAAAGCCAUGUUUGAAAGCGACAAGUUCUGCUGUGAGUCUUCCCAGAGUGAGCUGAUGUCCGAGGCGAAGUCCCCCGGCUCUGGCCCGACCAGUCCUAUCUCGGUCAACUCUGACUCCAGCUGCGCCAGUCCUGAGCCGAAAUCAUCCGCAGAGACGCGGGUCAGAAGGCCGCUGAACGCCUUCAUUAUCUGGACCAAGGAGGAACGCAGACGCUUGGCCCAACUCAACCCUGACCUGGAGAAUACCGACCUCAGCAAAAUUCUCGGUAAGACCUGGAAGGCCAUGUCUCUGGCAGAGAAGCGGCCCUACAUGCAGGAGGCAGAGCGCCUGAGAGUACAGCACACCAUUGACCAUCCCAACUACAAGUACCGGCCUCGCAGGAAGAAGCAGCUGAAGAAGGGCCCCAAAGGGCCCCUGCCUGUGGAGGCCACUGUCCCUCUCUCCACCCUCUGCAGUAAAGGCUUUAACAUGCCUUAUGACCUCAACUACCUCAUCCAGAACCAGUCCCAUCAGCAGCAAGCCUACCCACAUCCAGCCACCUACCCAUCCUCCCAGGCAUACUUUUCCCAUCUUCCCAGGGAGACCUUCCCAGACAGGUUAAUUUACACAAAUCCAGCAGCCACAUUCUCUAACAAGCCUCUAAUGUACUCUAACACUGAGGCAUACCCAGCAGAGCCUCAUCCGUACUACUCUACCCAGCAUGGGCUGCAGCAGUGUGGGUCCCCCAACCCAGCCUGUGCUAUGUCUCAAGUGGAGCAAGGGGACUUCAGGGCCUCGGGCCCCCAGCUGUGUCCCCCUACUGGCCCCUCUCUGGAGUUCUACCUGGAGCAGGUUCAGCUGGACAUGCUCUAUGAUCUGGACCCCAGUGAGUUUGAACAGUACUUUGGCCCGUCCACAUGCCAGCCGGAGCCCCUGUAGUAAAAUGAUCACCAGUGGGGUAGCUUAUAGGGGCCCUGAACACUUGAGAGGCUUUAGCGUGUACAGCAUGUCAACUCCCAAAUGUAUUUAUUGAAAUUAUAUUUUUUCCCCCAACCUAUUGUUACUAUUGAGAUGUAUGGAAAUUACGUUACACGUUUUAAACAUGACAUGUUUAGCAUUAUUAUUCAUAUGGUUUGUUCUGUUGUUGUCAAAAUGUACUCUUAUUGAUAAAAGACGGUUUCCCAACCAAAUAUGCCUUAUAAAUAUAUCUAAAAGAACCUUUACGUUUUUGUUGUUGUUGUAGUAAUUAACAGAAAAUACUCUAAUGUGAAUGCUACAUGUAACAGAUUCAAAUGUGUGGUGCACCAAAUUAUACAACAUUUCAACAGAUUAAUUUAUAAAGAACGAGUUUCUUUUGAAUUUCUAUUAUGAUGGAUGACUGGCUACAAAUGAUCUGGAAUA